CCUUUCUCUUAGUUGCGCAAACCGUCAUUCGCUCAGUCAUUCGCUUGCUGUCAUUCGUUUUGUUUGCAGACCAACUAUUAUUCUCUCCUUCCCGAGCUCGGGUUAAUGUAUUAAUACCCAUCCGCUUCAAUGAUUAAAUCUUUGGCUCUGUUGGCCGCUGCGGCCUCGGGCGGGCUGGCGGCCGUGGUGAAGUAUGACUUUGACAUUGGCUGGGUCAAGGCAGCUCCAGAUGGCGUUGAGCGCGAUGUGAUCGGCAUCAACGGUAAAUGGCCGCUGCCAACCGUCGAAGCAACCGUGGGCGAUCGUGUCAUUGUCAACGUUCAUAACAGCUUGGGCAACCAGUCCACCGGCCUUCACUGGCACGGCAUCCACCAGCUCGGGACAAGCCACAUGGAUGGCCCUGCUCACGGCACCCAAUGCCCGAUUCCUCCUGGCUCGACCUUCACGUAUGAUUUCAUCGUUGACCAAGCGGGCACUUACUGGUAUCACUCACACACUGGGAGCCAAUACCCAGACGGUCUUCGAGGGCCGAUGAUUGUUAGGGACAAGCUGUUGGAGGACCCUUAUAAGGGCGAAUAUGACGAGGAAUACUUGCUCACAGUGUCGGACUGGUAUCGCCAGGACGUCCCGACAAUUCUCAGAACUGUCGUAUUCAAUACAUCAAACACCAAUGUCGCGCCUCCACUCCCGCCGUCAGCUCUUAUCAACGAUGCCUCAAACGCCGUGGUCAAUACGGAACUCAAGUUCGUGCCAGGGAAGAAGUACAAGAUCCGCGUGGUCAACAUGGCAGCUCUGGCUGGUGUCGUUUUGUUCUUUGAUCAGCACAAGAUGCAAGUCAUCGAGAUCGACGCUGCCUACGUCGAGAAGACAGAGGCAGAGCAGAUCUACCUUUCGCCGGCCCAGCGGUACUCGUUCAUCAUUGAGGCCAAGGACACGGCCGACAAGAACUACGCCUUCUCGGCCGUGUUCGACCUCAACCCCAACUUCCAACGUCCUGUGCCUACCAUUGGCUUCAACCUCAACGUUACCGGCAGCUUGCAGUACGAUUCGAGUGCUCCUUUCCCAGCCCCGGUCACCACGCAGAGCUGGAAGAUUCUUGAUGACUUUAACUUGAAGCCUCUGAAAAUCGACGACUGGGUUGACUCCCCAACUGAUGUGGUCAUUCCGAUGGAUUUGAACCUUGGACUGGACGAAUGGGGUGUUCCUCGUGCUUUCGUCAACGGCAAGCCAUACGUCCACCAGAAGGUACCGACUCUUUACACGGCCGUCUCCGCUGGUGAUGAAGCAGAAAACCCGGUCAUCUACGGCGAUGUCAACCCUUUCAUCGUAAAGGAAGGACAGGUCGUUGAGUUUGUCCUCAACAAUUUGCAUCGUGCCAACCAUCCCUUCCACUUCCAUGGCCACCACUUCCAGGUCUGCAAGCGGGGUGCACCGAACAGCGGUGUUAGCAACAGCCCCGUCGACUGCUCCGAGUCCGCCAUGGUCCGUGAUACCGUCAUUGUCAACGCGAACAGCACGGCUGUGAUUCGGUUCAAGGCUGACAACCCCGGUGUUUGGCUCCUGCACUGCCAUCUCGAGUGGCAUGUGCCUCUGGGACUGACUGCGACCAUCAUCGAGGACCCCUUCGCGAUUCAAGACACGAUUGAGAUCCCUCGGCAGCACAUUGAGGUUUGCAAGGCUCAGUGCAUGCCCUACGAGGGCAACGCAGCCGGCAACAAGCAGAACCUGACGGAUCUGACUGGUGCUAACCACCCGCCUGAGGAUGCUGAUCAUGGGUAA